GCCUCGCUGCUGCCCGGUAAGCACGGGGAGGCCCUGCGACGACGCGCCAAGGCCAGGAAGAACGGCGGAGGCAGCAGAAACGGCCACCUCGGAGCUGGCGCUUGUGUCACGGUGCAAACCGGAGUCGCCGUGCUGACUUCUUUCUUUCCAGCGCCCGUCGUGGUUCGUUCGGUCGCUUUAAUAAUGUUAAAAUCACUUGGGUCAUCAUCGAGGUGAAAUCAGCUGACUUUCAGGAGGGCUGGCUCUGGCACCAGGACGUGCACGUCCAGCCCUUCGAAACGGCUACGAGGGAAACUUUGUCGGGCAGAGAGCGAAGCCUGAGCAGGUUCAUCCCGACACGUCACCGGCGGCCGAUCGCUUCCUUUCUUACUGGCCUAUUUUAGGCUGUUUGCCCAGGGAGGAGCAACGCGGCGAUGUCACCAGAUAUGUCACAUUUUCCUGGUUGGGAGCACUCAUCUGCGUGACGCAGUGACAGCUGACCUUUGAUAUCUUGCCGUAACAACAAAUAACGCCCAGAACGCCCCAAGAGUUUUGUUCGUACCCUGAAUCCUGGUGUCUCCCCGAGCCGGGGUGUUUCCGUCUCCCUCCCGCAUGGGGGUUUUGGGGCCGUUGGGCUCCUCCCACUGAAGGAGCAGAAGGCAGGUGAGGUCUCCCAGUCCUGUCCCAAGCAGGCUCCCAGUGAAUUUGUCGGUGUUUGUCGCUCCUGCGCACGCUCCGAAUUUCCUUUUCGGCAGAUUUGGAGCUUGUUCUUCACUUCAGGUGAAUCAGAACAGCAGAACAAAGGUCUGCGUUGUAUUAAAAAGGGAACGGGUAGCUGCAGCGCAUGUCAUUACCUCCUUCUGUUGUUAUGGUCUGCAGAAGAGAAGACCGGGUUUCGAAGGCAACGCUGGCAAUCAGCUGAAGUUUUGGGGCUGACAGGAGAGGUUUGAGUUAGCGGGAGGCGCGAUCAGCGGCUCCCUGGGCACGAAGGCGCUGAGAGAGGGGGUCGAGAGGCACACGGCAAAGCGGUCUGCCAGCCCCGGGGUGAAGCUGCGGUCCCCUCUGGUUCCCUGUCCCCUUUUAUUUUAUCCAGAAUGAAAGUCCAUCAACUAAGGAACCUUUUUCUAAAUAUUAGCGAUUGUGGAUGCAACCAAAAAAAAAAAUCCCUGCUAAGAAGGAUUUUGAAACAAAGGCGCGGAAGAGGGAAUGAAUUUGUUAUUAAUAAAAGCAUAGUGGUGAUGGGAGCCUUCAUCUCUGUCAGUACUGAUGCUCAAAAAGGAUUUGGCUUAUUUAUGAUUGAGGGUAGAACUCGGGCUCGCUGCAGUUCGUCACCUCGCGUGAGGUUCGCAAGCGCCGUAGCGAAGGGCUCGGUGUAAAACACGGGACUUUUAUCCAGAAAAAAGUUUAAUGGAGAGAUCCCACAGGAGCCAAAGACCCGAGUCCUUCCCGGCUGUUUGCAGAUGCUCUGCUCGGGAGAACUCGCCAUUCCCCUGCGUGUCAGGAUAACGCCCAUCCGUUUAAGUGAGGAACGUCUCCGCUGGAAUCGAACGUUUUUGGACUCUCUGCGAUUGCCUGCGAGCGGGAUGCUGGCCUUUGGGAACAGAUUGCUUCAACCAGUCCCACCGCAAAGCAAACAAAAGGAGCCAGGCUAAGGUGAAUCCCGUCAGAAAGACGGGAGGAGGGCCGCAAUGGUGAUCCGUCGCAAAAUGCUGCCAGCGAAGCGAAGAAGACCCCGGCGAGCGUCUUCGACCGGUGCGUCGGUGGCAUCCCUUGUUUCUCCUUUGGCAUCGGGGCCUGGGGGAAACCAGCGCUCCCAGAGCCGAUGGGGGCUUCCAGCUUGCCCCAGUUUUGCCGAGAGACGACCGGCUGAACAGCGGAGACCGGCGUGAAUGUCAUCGAGGCUUUGGGGGCUCCCGGUCGCCGUCUUGUAUGUCCGGCGUGUCCUGAGCUGGUUUGGGGAUUGUGGCAUGACACGUGACUGCUCGGAUGCUGCGCAGCCUUCGAAAAGCAGCGUGCUUUCCACGAAGGUCGACACACAACGAGAUGGAAAAGAACAGGCGUGCCCAUCUGCGGUUGUGUUUGGAGAAGCUGAAAGGGCUGGUACCCCUCGGACCCGAAGCCAGCAGACACACCACCCUGAGUUUACUAACAAAGGCUAAAUUGCACAUCAAGAAGCUUGAAGACUAUGACAGGAAAGCCGUACACCAAAUAGACCAGCUGCAGCGGGAGCAGCGGCACCUGAAAAGGCAGCUGGAGAAGCUGGGAAUAGAGAGGAUAAGGAUGGACAGUAUCGGCUCCACUGUUUCUUCGGAGCGCUCCGACUCGGAUAGAGAAGAGAUAGACGUGGACGUGGAGAGCACGGACGACCUUCCCGCGGACCUCGACUGGAGCAGCAGCAGCAGCCCGAGCGACUCGGACGAAAGAGGGAGCCUGCAGAGCGUCUGUAGCGAUGAGGGCUAUUCCAGCUCUGGCGUGAAGAGGUUGAAGUUGCAGAGCAAUCGCAAGCCUUCUCUCGGUCUAUAAGAAGCAACUCCCUUAGCUGUUUCACCCGUCGCUCUUUCCCUUUUGGAUCUCGUUAGGUAGCACACCGGACUGUCCCACCAUUCUCUUGCACGUAAAAAAAUCUUAACGUACCGCCAACCGAAAUGAAGCUGAGCUUUGCCCGAGUCCCAAAACACCGCGUCGGGCUGCGGGUGGCAAGCUGCUCCCCAGAGCGCCCUUCCGCUCGCAUCUGCCGGCUUCUCUUCCCGUCCGGAAACUCUUCUCUGCGAGACCGUACAUUCCAGCCACAUUUUGAAGUGCCCGAGAAUAUUGCAGCAGUAACGGCAACCUCAAAAGCCCUCCCCUGGGUUUUUUGGCUUGCUGUCACCGCCCGGUAUUCCGGCUCUACUCCGCAUUUGCCCAGCAACAUCACGUACCCGAUAAUCGGCGGCAGGGCCCAAAUGUAGAGUUUUUGGGUGAGGAUCUGAAGGCGGAGCCGGCCUCUAGCAUAGUUUAGAUCCAGGAGAGAGUGGAGGCAAGUCGGAGAUCGGCACACGGAGUGUUUCGGCCACGUCGCAUCUUGGAAUUGCACUGCGAGCCGCCGGCACGUUAGUCGGAGGGCUCCUCUCCGCCGACUCUAAAUAUUCAGGGUAGUAGCGCAGCCAUAUACACCCCAGCCCGGCCAUGCCAUCUUCCCAGAGCGGGAGCCUUACUGGCGGGGGGAAUGCCGCUCGGGGGGGGCCGUGGGGCUCGGCAGCCAUUGUCCCCCCUCUCGCAGAGCUUCGGGUCGGGCGCCUUCGGUCUGGGAAGUUUUCUGUCCUACCUGAAACCAAACGGUCCCCGUCCCCGUCCCGUGCGACGUCCCACCUCCUGCGUCACGGCUGCACAUCGCUGUUCUAGGCGAGCGCUCCUGGAAUUUCCUUUUCACGCUUCUUGUCUCGGGGACAAUUUUUUUCUACCUCGGAGAGAUGAACAAAGAUUAUCUCCAUCCCUUUAGCACAAAAAACAAAGAUGAUGCCUCAUCUAUUUUACAGAAGCGAUGCCCGGUCCCGUUCAAAUCCAUCGCACGACAGUUUAGCAAUAACCCGACGGUGAGGGGGAGCGGGGCAGCCUCCGGCCGUCGGCGCCCGAGGGGACCCCACGGAUCUCAGCGGCACGUCUGAAGCACUUCUCUGGCCAGCGGGGAUCUUUUCAGGCACUCGAACGGGCUCGCGAAGGAUUUCGGUCGCCGCCUUAGGGAGACAAACCCGAACACGCCAAGAAAGGGCCAGAGCCCUUCCCAUCGCCCUGACAGCGGGGCGGGGGGGGGGUCCUCACCUGAGAGCAGACGGAAAUGUACAGAAAACACGCGAGCUAUAAAUAGUAUUUAUUCAUUUUUCUAUGAAACCGAUGUACUGGAGAUAACAUUCUUACGACUUUCUGCUUUUAUAGAUGUUCUGGAAACUUUGAUAUGUAGAGAUCUGCUAACGGAGACGUUUCUUUUCCCCUUGAACCCAUCGAAGGUCUUUUCCGCCCCCUCGGCAAACCUCUCGCUCGAUCCCCUACCCCGACCAGCUCCCCUCGGGCACCCGGCGAGGCCCCGGCAUCCGGCGAGGAGCCGCUUCGCUCUUCAAGGGCUUUUCUUAGCGGUGGGAGACAAAACCAGGCAUCCCCCCGCGCCCGCGGGCUGUACAAAUCCCUUCAAGAAACACGGUCGCCAAGACGUCGCUACUGCAAAGUGCGAGCGAAUGAGCAACGUGAAACUCAAUUUCUUUUUUCUUUUUGUUUUUGUUUUUAUUUUUAACAUCCCUAAAUCAAUUUUUGGAUCGUUUGAAGCCUUUGAGAAGCGAGAGGAUGGGAGACGGGGUAGCGGAUUGCUAAAAUCUCCGAAGUUUCAGCUCUUUUUGCGCAUGUUAGGUUUUAAAAGAGAGAAAAUCAACACCACAAGGGAUUUUUUAUUUUAAAGCAGCCGGAAUUUUCCGAUGUCCGACAGAUUCGCACUGACCCGUGGCUCGAAUGCCUUUAGCAUCGGUACGCCCGAGUCCCGGCAGCCAGCCUUCGGCGUGCAACCUCAAAACCCCUACGCUUUCAAAAAGAGGAAAAAAGAGCAAAAAGAUGAAAAGCACAGAGAAAAAGGAAGUGGAAUAUCAUCACUUUGAGGCCGGUGGCUCUGGUAGGCGUUUGCCGAGAGCCCUCCCUCGCCCUCUUCCAGAAACCGCCUUGGGAAUCCCAUUGGAGCCACGGAUCUUGCUACCUUUGAGCAGGGAAGGGUGUCGGGAAAGCACCGUCGGGGUUAAACGGGAGGUAGAAAACAGUUGAUUUUUGGAUGUCAUUUAGAUAGACCGAGUCUUAAGGUUUCGAUUCGGCAUAAAUUAUUAUUUUUUUCAGUGUUGUGCCUUUUUGAGUUACUUCUGUUAGUGAAACGCUGCAUGGGGGUUGCUUUUUUUUUCCCCCCUUUUUCUUUCUGUCCCGAACUAAUAAUUGUCGGACCUUUGCACUGUUGGGAUGUGCUCCUCUCCAGCCUGAGGGCGAAGAGAAACGGUAACCCUCCAAAAUGAUGCACUAACCCGGAAUGAGGCUGGAAAUCCGGCGGUUGAUUCCUGGCGAGCGGCCGGGACCAUCUGCGGCAGCUUUUGGUCUCUCCGGGUCCCCCCUUCGUCAGCCGAGGCGCCCAGCGGCUGUGCCAGCCUUUUCCUGGAAUUCACUGAUCCACCAGCAUUCCUAAGAAAUAAGCUGCAGGAAGGACAUUUUUGUAGAUUGUGAUUAAAAAAAGGGGGCGGGAGGAGCCGCUCGCGCACCCCGCGUUUACGACGGAUCGUUGCACAGACGGGCGUGAGUCGAAAACACGCCUUUUUGGGUUGGUUUUCUUCUUUUUCCUUGCGGAAGGCAGAUCCCGAACCGCCGUCCUGGGUGGCAAGAGAUGGCACCCACCUCCAGGCAGAGAACGGGAAGCUGCCGGCAGCGGGGCUCUAUCCGAAACGUGCCGGAGCCGAUCGCCACCCCGGCGCUUUGCUCCCCGACUUUUCCCCCCACGUAGCAAUAGGUUCGGGCAUCGCCUGCCUUCGCUUGCUCCCCGGGAAGCGUCGCGUCCUCUCUCUGCCAUGGCACCAGCCGAAAGCCGCGAGCUUUGUUUCAUCCUUUUAAUUUAUCCGGCGUAGCGGCACACGAGCCGUCCGAAAACAUCCGAGCCAGAACUGUCUGGGCAUUGGUUUGGGGGGGGGGGGGGGGGGGGGUUUGACAUGUUUUAAUUGCGCUUUUCCAUCUUUUUUUUUUUCUCUCGUUUCUUCUUUUUGCUUCCCAAGAAGAGAACCCGCUCCGGCAUCGGCUUUAUUUUGGGCAGUCGAGAGCCGGGGAGUGGCAGGUGGGAGAAUAUGAGUUCUGUUUCCAGCUGUUCGGUUCCUGCUGUAAAUACCACGUUGUCAUUCUGAAUCCUGUGUCAAGACCAUCUAAUGGUGCUUUUUAUUACAGUUAGCACACGCAUUUUUAGAAAGUAUGUGUUUUAGAAGACCUUUGCUGUGUAUAUGGAUACUUCUGUAUUGUUCAACUGUUAGAAAAUAAAUUAUUUCAUUACGAAAGAGAA